AUGCGGAGGUUGCCAGUGGCUCAUCGGCCUGCGUCAUGGCUCGAUCCCUUCGCGUCAGUUCGCCGUUAUGCAGGAGAUCAGACGACGAUUUGUCGGUCUGCAGGUCCAAGACGGCACUUGGGCGCCUAUGCACCGCUUUGCCGCCACUUUGCACCAACAGACGCGCGGAUCAAGGGUCUGGGCAAAGAGAUAGCCGAUGAGUACGCCCUGCUCAGGGACAGUUACAGAUUCGCCGAGUUGAAGCUAGCCGGCUCCUACCUACCCAGCAUCCACUACUGGCGCGGAAUUAGAGAGGCUUUGAGUGCCAACCAUGCCGAAGUCAUCACUGCCUCGGUGCCCCCAAGCGGCUCCAUUGAGAAGCGGGCCGCCAAGUUGGCUGAAGACAUCGAAGCCCAAGCCCGCGGCAAGAGCGUCAACAUUGUGGCGCACAGCAUGGGGGGCUUAGACGCCCGGUACAUGAUCUCUCGUCUCCAGCCCACCGGCGUCAAGGUCAAGUCUCUUAUCACCGUUGCUACACCACACCAUGGCAGUCCCUUCGCCGAUUACCUCAUCGACGGGAUCGGGCCGAAUUAUCUGCCCCGUCUGUACCAGCUGUGGGAGCGGACCACUGGGUGGGAGCCGAACGCCUUUGCCCAACUAACGACGAAGUAUAUGGCUGAAGAGUUCAACCCCAAGACCCCGGACGACCCAACGGUGCGCUACUUUUCGUACGGUGCCACCGUCAAGCACAAGCCCCCGUUGUUGAGCCCGUUUCGGCAUUCUCACCGUGUGAUUGAGGAGCGUGAGGGUCCAAAUGACGGCCUCGUCAGCGUCGAGAGCAGCAAAUGGGGUACCUACAAGGGGACCUUAUUAGGUGUAAACCAUCUAGACCUGAUCAACUGGAGCAAUAGACUUCGGUUUACGGUACAAAAGUGGAUGGGCCACCCACCAUCGUCGUCCGACAUCGGCUAG